AUGCCCCUUGUCAAUUAUUCUGACUCGGAGUCCGAAUCAGAGACACCACCUCGCCCGGUCAAAAAGUCUUGCCAUAGCAGUUCCCAAUCAGCGCUGCCGCCUCUCCCUGCGGCGUUCCACGACCUCUAUGCAUCAACGACUCGCGUGAGCGUUCAAGAUGAUCCUAGUCUACAUGGUGGCCGAAAACGCGUCAUCCCCCAUGUCGAAGGGAACUGGCCAACACAUCUCUACCUAGAAUGGUACCCGGUGAAAGAAGAUUUGUCACUCCUCGCAAGCCUGAUUCCUCGGUCUGUGACUACUCCUGAUGAUAGCUCGACUCAAGUGCAUAGUCUAUUGCAUAGCGACCUCGGUGCGCAGCUACCACUUCAUAUCAGCUUGUCUCGACCGGUGGUUCUUCGUACCGAGCAGCGCACUUCGUUCACGGAGAAGUUGCAAAAUUCUAUCAAGGAAUCACAUAUACCCCCGUUCAAAACGCGGCCCAAUGUCCUCUACUGGGCGUCGAAUUAUGAGAAGACACGCUGGUUCCUCGUCUUCAGUGUCCAAAGACCUCUACAAAACCAUUUGAAUCGCCUGCUUAAACUAUCAAAUGAUGCGCUGGGUCAGUUCGACCAGCCGCCGCUCUACGCAGGCUCUCGUGCCCACGGGCAACAGCAGCAAGCGUCAUCUAUUGACGAAGAUAACGACACUAACACCGGAGAUUUCUCUGGGUGCUUCCAUAUCUCCCUGGCUUGGAGCUUGUCGGAGCCUAGCUCCAGAGAUCGUGAUAGACUUGCCCGUAUUGAUCUGCAAGCUUUGAGAGAUAUCCAAAUCGGAUUCGACAGUAUGAAAGCAAAGAUUGGCAACAAUGUCACAAGCAUACCAUUGGAUAGUAGCCUGAAUUGA